AUGCAGCUCUCAUCUACAAACCCUGUCGUCACUCAAGCUACUUCUCACCCCCGGAAUUCUGGCAUAGAGACGGCGAGUGAUUUGCUAGCCCGACCAUUACCGAUACUCACUCAAGAGAAUGGGACCCACAGCCCAUCAGAGUCUCGGACAAUUAUUUCGACGUUGUUUAAGGAUGAGGUCCAUCAAAUAAUUCGAAACAUUGAUCUGGUUGGGCUUGUCCCGUGCAUGGAUGUCACUGGUAACACCUACGUGGUUGGAAGUGAACUUGGUCUCACCGGGCGGUUCUACAAGCAUGUCUGCGACGCCGUCUCUCUAGCGUGCAAGACCGCUGGGCUCCCUUUGCAAUUCGACGACCGUCAAGCCGCGCUUCCUCCGACUGACGUGAUUCCUGACGUCGUUCUUCUUCACGCUGGUCAAUAUCGGAAUACCAUUCUACCAAUCGAGCUGAAGACGUUCUUGACUGUUAGACUCGAUAUCUACCAAAUCGGUGCUGGCUGGUCCAGCAUUGGCCCACUCGUUGAACAGAUGAGAGACAACAACACCGUCUAUGGUGUGUUAUCCACGUAUACGCAUACCGUAUUUCUCAAGCGGGUCGAGGAUUGCCGAUUCCAGAUGACGAAACCCAUCCCACAAACUGCCCCACAGCCAUCCGUCAGGCAGUGUAUCAUGGCGGUCGCCAUCCUCGCCUCUGAAGACACGGAGUACCACGAAUCCCCCGGAUUCGAUUCAAGAAUGUUACAAAACCACACGGGCCGCCAAGCCUCGACACGCGAUUCGCUCUACCGGCCCCACUCUACCACGAUCAGUGCGGCGGUCGCGCGACCUAGGGUUGAGAUUGAGGGCUAA